UGCCGAUUUGCUGCUUUACCGUCCCCCUUGGAGAUGGUCUUAGUUUUAUGUCCUUCAUUUCCAAUCUUUUAGAUCCUCCUCCUCCUCAUUGUCUACAGGAAUAGGAAUAGGAAUACGUUCUAGUUCCGAUUUCUAUAUCCCAGCCCGCCUUUAAAUAAUGACGAAGCGGGUCUCUCUCCGGUCGGCGCUCUCGGCUAGGGAGCCCUUGCUGAACCCCGGCCGGGACUCCUCCUCCGGCCCCGAGGGCGUCCGGAGGGCUCGCUUCGCGGAGGUGGCCGGAGGAACCACGGCGGAUAUCGCCGCCGUGUGCUGCUGCUGCCCCUGCGGCCUCGUGAAUCUGGUGGUGCUCGCCGUCUAUAAGCUCCCCGCCGGCAUCUGCAGGAAGGCUAUCCGCAGCAAGCGGCGCCGCAGGCUGAUGAAGAGCGGCGAUUGGCCCGUCAGGCACUGCAGCUGCGCCGACUCCGAGCUCCAAAUCCACACCAUUACCUCGCCGUCCGCCGUGGCCGCCGCCCUCGAGUCCGACAAAGAGGUCGUCGAGCUCGAGAAGGAAAUGUGGGACCGCUUCUAUGGCGCCGGGUUCUGGCGAAGCCCCUCUCAGAGGAGCGAGGUCUCUCAGAUCAGUGGCAUUUAACGGUAAAAGCUCCAAAAAAAAAUGUCUAAUACACAAAGUAAAUUUUAAUAAUUCCUAAAAAAAAAAAAAACACAAAAAAUACCGCAGUAAAAAAAAAAAAAAAAAAAAUCUAUCUGCUAUGUAAUUCUCGUGAUUGUGUGUUGUAAAAAAGGGAGGAUAUUUAUGAAUAUUCUUCUUUCUUUUUUUUUUUUCAAAAAAAACAAAAAACAAAAUUUGUGAUGUUGGUCGUCUAAAUUUUUACUGCGUAGGUUAUUUUCUUGCUAUUUUUGCUAUGAUUUUAUAAGGUUUGUAAUUUACACAGUGAUUUGGUUGUUGAAAUGUUGUGAUUUUUGUUGUAUUGAAUGUAACUUUAUUAUAUAUUAUUAUUA